UUUAACGUCUCGAGCCGUUCACCUGGAGAUGGCAUAUAGCUUGGACACAAGUGCAUUCCUAAAUGCUUUCUACAGAAUGGUAAAUCGAAGAGGCCUACCACAAGAGGUCAUAUCGGACAACGGAACCAACUUUGUUGGUGCCGUUAAAGAACUCAAGGAACUUUUUCGCAAUCUGGAUCAAGACGCUGUUCAACGUUCCCUGGCUAAUCGAGGAGUGAAAUGGCACUUCAACCCUCCAUACUCGCCACACUUUGGAGGGGUAUUCGAGACGAUGAUAAAAUCGGCUAAACGUGCCAUCUUCGCUAUCCUGGGGAAUGGUGAUGUCACAGACGAGGAACUGGAAACUGCAUUUACUGGAGCUGAAGCCCUGAUCAACUCGCGUCCUCUCACCUAUCAGUCGACUCAUCCCCAAGAUGUGAUUCCACUGACACCGAAUCACUUCCUGCACGGCCAGAUCGGAGGGAUAUUUGCUCCAGAAUCCGUGGACACUACAGAUUACCAUCCACGAAAACGCUGGAGACGUAUUCAAGAAUUGAUGAGACACUUUUGGAAGCGCUGGAUGAAGGAAUGGCUCCCAAGUCUGAACCCAAGACGGAAAUGGAGAACUCCAAGCAGAGACCUGUGUGCCAACGAUGUUGUUCUUGUGAUUUCUCCGGACACACCACGAGGACAGUGGCCCCUUGGCAGGAUUGUGAAGACAUAUCCAGGACGAGAUGGACAUGUUCGUGUGGUGGAUGUACGAAUCGGACAAUCAGUGAUUACCAGGCCAGCAAACAAGAUCUGUCCACUGGAGUGGUCAACUGAGAAUUGUGAUACAGAUUUGUGACGUUGGAUACAUCGGAUACAGCGACUUCGGAUACAGCAACUUGGAUUCUGUGACUCGGAUUCUGUGGAUUCUGGAACGUCGGAUUAUGUGAAACGGGAUUCUGUGAAGACAUUGGGUUCUGUGGAUUGUGUGACAUUG